ACGCUUUACCGGCGAAGCGACAGCAACGUUUACGUUACGGUGUUUGUUGUUUUAUAUUCGAAAUUCGAUGUUGUUUGUAUCGACGUAACAACGAACAUACAGUCGGCUAGACAACUGUUGUUUUAUGAUUUAUUUAUGUCGCGGAUUGCGGUUGUUACGGCCUGACAUUUUCGGUGGUUAAUUGACGAUUUUUUAAAGAAUUUAAAGGUUUUUGUUAAAAGUUGAUUGAGUCAACUAGGUGGUGCGCUCCUAUGGGACCUUGUUUAGGACAAAACAUGUGUAAUAUAAAUAAUUGUGAAACCAUUGUUUUAAUUUUGUGAACGAUUGAUUGGAUUAACCCCGAGUUGAUAGGAGAGUACUUACUUGAGCUAUGCAUAAAGAAAGAUCAGGGAGCCUGGGAUCGGCUCCUAUCAGGCCCUUCCUACAGCCGGUUAGUAACAAUCCGUCCGACGAACAAGUGAACAUUAGCGAUGCAGAAACGCUGGAGGAUGCCAGAAAGUUGAUCCGAGAUUUACGGGUUAAAACCAGACAACAGGCGCAACAGAUAAUGGCCUGGAGGAGAGCCUAUAAGAUGCAGGAACUUUUCAUUUCUCGUCUACAGCGAGAAAAAUGCGACCAACUAAAGGCCAUCAGUUCGAAACUGUUACUCUUCGAAUCGCGUCUGAUACGAAAACAAAAGGAUAUUCAGAGCAUGCUACAAGCCAGAGAGAACCUGAUAUUCAAACAACAGAGAAUAAUAGAGACCCUAACCUCUCGACUCACGGACAACGGACUAGAGGUGCCCCAGAACGACAUCACCGACAUAGAAUACACAUUUCCGGACCUAGAGUCUCUAAACGAUUCAGAUAGCGCCGUAGUGAUGGAAGAUACGGACUUCGAGGGUGCUUAUCACAUACCCAAGUUCAGAGGAAUCGCCUCUGACGGAAUCACCGUGAUGAGGUCCAUCUCCGAUGCCAUCGAUCCGAAUUUGAAAUACACGAGUAGAAGGAGCAACGGGUUCUUGAGGAGACCCGAGAUCUUAGAAACGGUGUACAGUGUGGAAGAGGACGGGGACAAUGAUCAAAAGGAUGAAAAGACCGAUGUGCGACAGAGACGAGAAUCGUUCGCGAUGAGAGGAAAAUCGAACUGCAACGUCGAUUCUCAUGAGGAAACUGCGAAUGACGCAAGAAAAAAGACUGGUGAGGAGAAUUGUGCUGAUAAAUUGGCUGUGGAUCAAAGACCCAACGAACACAACACGGAACACAAACCAGAGUCGGACAACGAGAGAUACAAAGAAGACCAAACGAAACCGACGAACACCAACCAAGUGAAAACCUACAAUCGAGUGAUGUCGAAUCACCGAUCGGUCACGAAACCGAAAGAUGUGAAAUACAAGAGGAUCAACAAAGCGAAAUCGAAGAGUUUAGAGGAGCUGAGGGGACGACUCAAAAAUUGGGUGGAUCAAGGCAGUAAGAUACCGGGGAUCGCGUUGGAGCAUAGCCAAAGCUAUGCCUAAAGUUUCGUUAGCCAUGUUGUACUGUUUAGCCAUAUUUUUUUUGUUAACUUGAAUUGUCAAUAAAUGAGCAUAUCACAGAAAGGUAUUGGGAUCAAAAUAUUGUCUCAAUUUUUCGAGGGUGUUACUCGAAGAGGUGAUACCAUUGUCACCAAAAAAGUAAUUCGCAAGGUGUCUCUGGACUAUAUUUUGAUCCUAAACCGAUCCUCGUCACUGAUUAACAAUUUCAAAGGAAUGUUUAGCUUUAGUACAAUAUAUCAUUUAGACAAUCAGUUAGCUUUUUGUAAAACUCAAUUAUAUUGUACAUUGUUCGAAGAUAAGCAACGCAUUCUAAAUGAUUUAGGUAGAAAACUCACGUUAGUCAUAUAAGAUUACUGUUACCUGAUGUACAGGGUGAACUCCUUUUAAAUGUAUUGCAAAAGAUUCGCUCCAUGUGUAGGAUUAUAUUAUAGGAAGAAAUCUUUUAUGUAUAGCAGGAUACGGGGAUUAUAUGUCGAAUUAAAUAGCUUAUAUUUCUUGGUCACACUGUAGGGAGAGCUUACAGUUGUUUACAUACAUAAUGAUCAAUGGACGUAAACAACGUGCACGUGUCUAGGUUAUUUUGACGCAUUACUUUGCUUGUUCUGUAUCCUGUAAACCGUAUAAAUAACGGCACUAUAAGAAAAAAAAAUGUUGCAUUCCAUCUAAUAAGUGUGAUAUUAAAUUAACUAAUUUUCUCAAUGUAAUGGCCUAUAUGUUUACUCUAUAAAUAAUGGUUCCUUCUUUAGGUUGUAAAGUUAAAUUUUAGCUAGGUAUUAAUAUAUUAUAAUUAUUCGUAUAAAUUGUAUAUAAAAUCGCUUGUAAAAAUAUCUUGUGUAUAUGGCUGUAAGGAUAAUUAAUUAUAACAAAACAAAAAAAAAUAACUUAACCAAAGCGCGUAUAAUAUAUUCAUUGAACCAUAACUCGACAAAAGCUAUAUGUAUUAUGAUGUAAAGUCUAUUUAUGAAAUAUGAGAAUAAAUUGUUUUAUCAUG